GAAAGCCAGGCACCUGCCAGAGGGGAGGUCAGCCCAGGGUACCCUGUGAUCCCUCCCUGGUCCCUUAGCUGAGCCGGGAGACCUGAGAGGGAAGAGGAGGUGCUGAAGAUUCUUGAAGGGAGGGAGGAAAUGAAAGGGAAGCUGCUGCAGGGCUGUCUGCCCUGUCAAUAAGUGACUAUUUUGCAAGAGGCGACCGUAUGAGCUGCAAGUGGAGAGGCAGAGCUGGCAGGGUGUAUCUGACCUUAUGUUCAAUGGCUGGAAAACAAAUGAACAGCGAGUGGAAAUGAAUUCAGACAUUAUCCUGGAGGAGAGUCUUAUUAAACGGUCACAACAGAAAAAGCGCACGUCUCCCUUAAAUUAUAAGGAAAGGGUUUUUGUGCUAACCAAAUCAAGGCUGACCUACUACGAGGGACGCCCUGAGAAAAAGAACAAGAAAGGAUCUGUUGACAUUACAAAAGUCAAGUGUGUAGAAUUUGUAAAGAAUGGAUCUGAAAAUAUUCCGUGCCAAUAUAAAUAUGCUUUUCAGAUUGUUUAUGAAUCAAACACACUUUAUGUGUUUGCACCGACCGCAGAAAGUCGAUUUAAAUGGGUGAAAUUAAUUAAAGAGGAAGUAAAGAACAACAGUUUCAUCAUGUCUAAAUACCACCCGCAGUUUUGGGCAGACGGGGUUUAUCAGUGUUGCAGGCAAACGGAAAAACUGGCACCGGGGUGUGAGGAGUACAACCUUUUUGGAGACAUUACAAAGAAACCGCUACCUCCCACACCAGAUGCUAUUAGGGCAAGACCCCCACCUCCACGUCCUCCAGACCCAGAACCUGAGGAUAAUGGAGAAGAAACUGUAAUAGCAAUGUUUGACUUCCAUCCAGUCGAGCCACAUGAUCUCCGGCUAGUAACUGGUGAAGAAUAUUUUGUAUUGGAAAAGAAGGAUGCCCACUGGUGGAAAGCAAGGAAUACAUAUGGACAACAAGGCUAUAUUCCAAGCAACUAUGUAACAGAGAAAAAAUUAGACAAUCUAUAUCAGUAUGAAUGGUACAGCAGAAAUAUGAACCGAAGUAAAGCAGAGCAGCUACUUAAAAGUGAGGAUAAAGAAGGGGGCUUUAUUGUAAGGAACUCAAGUCAAGCUGGACUAUAUACGGUGUCCCUUUAUACAAAAUACGGAGGAGAAGGCUCCACGUGCAUAAGACACUACCAUAUUAAAGAAACACAGUAUCCAAAAAAGUACUACUUGGCAGAAAAACAUGUCUUCAACACAAUUCCAGAGAUGAUUGAGUACCAUAAGCACAAUGCAGCUGGUCUUGUCACCAGGCUACGUUACCCAGUAUGUUCAAAAAACAAGUCUGCACCAACAACAGCAGGAUUCAGCUAUGAUAAAUGGGAAAUAAACCCUUCUGAGCUCACCUUCAUGAAGGAACUAGGAAGCGGCUUGUUUGGUGUUGUACGUCUUGGAAAAUGGCGGGCCCAGUACAAAGUGGCCAUCAAAGCGAUUCGAGAAGGUGCAAUGUCUGAAGAGGAUUUCAUAGAGGAAGCAAAAGUGAUGAUGAAACUGACUCACCUUAAACUAGUGCAGCUGUAUGGUGUUUGCACACAGCAGCGGCCAAUUUACAUAGUGACGGAAUUCAUGGAACACGGCUGCCUGCUUAAUUACUUGCGCCAAAGGCACGGGCAGUUCAGUCCAGAUAUUCUGCUCAGUAUGUGCCAAGAUGUAUGUGAAGCCAUGAGCUACCUGGAGCAGAAUAAUUUCAUUCAUCGAGAUUUGGCUGCAAGGAACUGCUUAGUAAAUGACGCUGGGGUAGUAAAAGUAUCUGAUUUUGGAAUGACAAGGUAUGUCCUUGAUGACCAGUACACAAGCUCCUGCGGGGCAAAAUUUCCAGUAAAAUGGUCACCUCCAGAGGUCUUUAACUACAGCAGAUUCAGCAGUAAAUCAGAUGUAUGGUCAUUUGGUGUGUUAAUGUGGGAAGUGUUCACUGAGGGCAAAAUGCCAUUUGAGUCAUAUUCAAAUGUGGAAGUGGUAGAGAUGGUGACAAGAGGAGAACGCCUGUAUCGACCAAAGCUGGCCACCAAAAUCAUAUACAGUGUGAUGGUGGCCUGCUGGCACGAGAAGCCUGAAGGACGACCAAAAUUCUUUGAUCUGAUGAAACAAAUAGGAUUAAUAUUAGAAGGAGAAAUAUGAACAGAACAUUUCAGACAUUCUAAUGACAACGGAAACAAGUAUUUCCAAACAGAACGUCUAGCCCACUGAGAGUAGUACAUGGUGUUGGCACACUAAGAACAAACCAGUGGUGGUUCAAAGAGGCUGAAUGACCAUGGAUCUGUAUUGGGAGGAGAAACCUUAGCACUGUUACUUGUAAGGGUUAAAAGUCAUUCUGAACAUAUUUUCAGCUCGCUGAAAGAAAUCUUUUAAAUCCAAGUGGCAAAAAAAACUGCCAAGCUGUUAAAAUCUAAUGAACCAAGUAUAUUUAAUAUGUAAAUUGUAUAUAUUUAAUAUAUUUAUACAAAAUAAAAAUUGUCACUAC